UACAAUAUUGUGUGAGACUCGUGGUAAGGAAAUCAGACCAAACAUGAGUAUCUCAGAAAAAUCAUUCUGUAGCUUUACAAAAACUCAAAUUUAUAAGCGCCUUUCCAAUCCACAAUAUGGCGAUGAGUCAUGUGACCUGGGACCCACAACAUCAAAGAUGCCGACGCUUAGUGUUCAUACUGAUUCCGCAUCGGCCAUUUGGAGUAACUUGGAGUAACUCGCCGACGCUGUUUCAUCGACGGUUAGCGUGUAUCGAAGAAGCCGUUGAAUCUUUUCCUCCCCUUUCUACUUGCCUUCGCACUGUUCACCUUCGUGCAGCCAUGGCCUCCUCCAACCGUGGCAUUCAGAUCGGAUCCGGUUGGUUCCAGACCAAAAUUAAUCUUAGACCACAGCACCGGGGCGUUCAUCUAGUCACUGAAGAAAUUCUCAGGCAGGUACCUGAGCUCUGCCAGUUUUCCAUUGGUCUCUGCCAUAUCCAAAUUCUGCAUACCUCAGCUAGUUUAGCAUUAAAUGAGAGCUGGGAUCCAGAUGUGAGAGACGAUAUGGAAAUGAUGCUUAACAAAAUAGUUCCUGAAGGUUUGGAGUACAGGCAUAGCUGCGAAGGACCUGACGAUAUGCCGGCGCAUGUAAAGGCUUGUUUCCUGGGCUCAUCGUUGAGCAUCCCAAUCACCGACGGCAAGUUGGCACUGGGAACAUGGCAGGGCAUUUGGUUAGGUGAACACCGCGAUCACGCUGGUAGCCGUAAGCUAGUAGUAACAUUAACUGGUGUCCUGAGGGAUUCGGCGCGCAGUCCCCUGAGCCCAGUUAGCCCUAUCGCGUCUACUAGCAGCUAGGACCACUCGCACCCCCGAAGGCGUGGCAAGCGUCAGCCGCGUGCGUCCACCUCAAGCGACUCGAGCUAGCAGCCGCUUUAAGUCCUAGUCAACUUCUAAGAGUACAAUCUAUUGAGGAGGAAUGAGCCGGAUACCUCGCGGACUUACCUUUCGCUCGGGGAUAACCACCGUCAGUAGCGAUCAACCGUGUCCUCGAUGUUUCGCGUCAUUCGUCGAGUGAACAGACCGGAGAUCGUGCAUCGUUCAAGACUUGUGUGCGCGCGUGUAUGUGCUUUAGAAUUUUAUUUGUGUCUCCGAUAUUGUUUUGCAUGAAUAUUCUUUUUCAUUCAUGUGAUGAUGAGCCAUUGGGAUUGUCUGUCGCCAAAAGUCGGCAAAAGUUUCCUAGACAGAGGAAUCCAUGGGACGACCUAAGGUUUUCAAUCUGGAUGUUACCCUUACAACUCAGCAACUCACAUUUUAAGGGAACUUUUCUUAAAUGGUCACAUUAAGAUAUAAAAAAAAUUUGCAUUUGGCAUUUGAAGAUACAAAAGACUUUUAAAGAUCUUUUAAAGCUGUUUCUAUAUAUUCCGAGAAUUUGGAAGCUAUAUCUUUGCAACAACUCGAAAUGCUUCCCUUAUUUUUCAUUUCUGGCAUUUUGUUUAGCUUGUAUAUUUGUCACGUUGGACAUUCGCAACAUACAAUAAUAAUAAUAGUAAUAAUAAUAAUAAUAAUAAUAAAAUAGAUGGAUAUGAAGAGAUAGAGAGAACAGAGAGAUGAAGAAAAAACUGCCACGGCAGAUGCGUGCAUUGCACGUGUCUCAUGUAAACAAAACGAAUUAAACGCUAAUAUCCAGCACUCUUCCGCUUCGUUCUUGAAGAGAGAAGAAAGUAAAAA